AGAGCAACCAGCCGGUGACUUGUGUCUCAUUUCCGCUGUAAACAAACCCACUAUCGCCUGUUUGAACGUUUUGUAGAAACAUGCCGGCUUCUCUUCGCGGUUUUCGAGCCGCCUAAUCGCGGCCUUGUUGUCCGCAAACGGAGCAAUGGAGAGGCCGCAGUUCGGUUGGACGGUUCCGCGGAGAGUCCUCUGACAGAGCCGCACCAUGAUCCCGGUGUCCCUGCUGGUGUUCGUGAUGGCAGGCUGGUGUGCUGUCUACCUGGCUGACACACUUCUCAGGUCAUCUGCCACGUACCGGAUCAACUACGAGUCAUGGCUGGCCAGCCGAGGGUUGAUGUUGUCUCCUUUUCAUGUGAGAUGGCAGACCACCAUGUUUAACCGGCUGUUUGCUUACUGUGCCCGCAUCAACCCCCGAGCCCUCUAUCUUUGGUUCAGCAGUGGUCUAGUGUUUGGUGUGGCGGCCAUGUUGGGAUCGGUGGUGCUGCUGGUGAAGACGCUGCAGCAGACCUACGCCCAGAUGACCACAGACAACCCGCGGAUUGGUGGGCAGCAGACUCUGCAGGUGGUGGUCCCGGGUGUGAACCUGCCCACCAGUCAGCUGGCCUACUUCUUCAUCGCUCUGCUGCUCAGCGGCAUCAUCCAUGAGCUGGGUCACGCUGUGGCCGCGCUGAGGGAGUCUGUGAGAGUGAACGGCUUCGGGAUGUUCGUCUUCGUCGUUUAUCCCGGGGCGUUUGUGGACCUCUUCACCACGCACCUCAACCUCAUCUCUCCUGCUCAGCAGCUCAGAAUAUUCUGUGCAGGAGUUUGGCAUAACUUUGUUUUGUGCGUGGCGGCGCUGGCUCUCCUCUUCCUGCUGCCGGUCCUCCUGUUUCCUGUCUAUGCCACCGGGGUCGGCGCUAUGGUUACCGAGGUCGUGCAGGGUUCUGCGGCGGACGGGCCCCGGGGUCUGUCGGUCGGGGACCUGGUGACGCAGCUGGAGGACUGUCCCGUCCGGGGAGCGGAGGACUGGGCCGGCUGCCUGUCCCAGCUGUCCCGCGUGCCGCAGACCGGGUACUGCGUCCCGGCGGCCGGCCUGCAGCCCAGCUGGGCUCACGGCAGACCUUUCAAGCGUCUGGACGGGACGAUGGACUGCUGCAGCAACAACAGCCUGACGGACCUCUGCUUCUCCUACAUCAAACCACAGGGCAGGAACAGCAGGGAGAGAGAGUUCGCCUGCAUGCCGGUGAGGAAGAUGGUGACGGGAACGGCGACGUGUCGCUCCGACAACGACUGCGGCGUGAACUCGGCCAGCGUCUGCGUCACCCCGUCUCUGGAGAACCAGACCCGCUUCAUCCGCGUCGCUCACCCGCCGAGCCCACACAUGCUGUUCGUGGGCUUCCCGCCGCACCUGCAGUACGCCGUGAGUCUGACCAACUUCGUGCCCCGCUUCGGGUUCCUCCACCUGGACCUGCCUGUCUUCAUGGAGACCUUCCUAAAGUACGUGGUGUCCCUCUCCGGCGCGCUGGCCGUCGUUAACUCCGUGCCCUGCUUUGCCCUGGACGGACAGUGGAUGCUCAACGCCCUGCUGGAGGCCACGCUGGUUACCGUGGUAACGGACCGCCAGAAGCGCGAGCUUAUCGGUUUCUUCCUGCUGCUAGCGGGCAGCGCCUUGCUAGCAGCUAACGUGGCGCUCGGCCUGUGGAUGGUAACGGCGCGGUAGCGGCAGAUUCGGUGAACGAAGGGAGGUCCAUUUCCAGUCCGGGAGGAGCUGCUGACCAGAAACUGUGAAGCUGCUGCGAACAGGCGAUAACGCCGCGGCAGCUCCGCUACUUUACGCUGACUGUUUUCCCUCCAUCCGCCUGUCAGCCGUUACGACCAAUGAAGACUACUUCUUCUUCCACCGUAUUUAGCUACAGAAGAGGAAUAGAACCACAAAACAGAAUUCUGACUUUAUCUCAAAAUUCACGUUUUUUUCUCCGAAUUCUGUCAUUUUUCCUAAGAAUUUUAUCUUUAAUUUCUGGAUUCUUUUUUUUACCUUCAUAAGUUUAACUUUAAUUAAUGUUCCCCCCAGAAUUCUGAUACUUUUUCUCUAAAUUCCAACGUUUUUCUCUGAAUUUCAUUUUUUUUUUUUUCAAAUUCCAACUUUAAUGGUAAAAUUCUGACUUUUCCCCAUCAGAAUUCCAAUUUUAUUUCUCUGAAUUAAACUUUUUAUGUCUCAAUUAAAUUUCUUCGCAUAUUUCAACUUCAGUUGUCAAAUUCUGACUUUCUUCGAGAUUUCCAAUUAUUUUUCUUUGAAUUCCAACUGUUUCCUCUGAAUUUCAAAUUAUGUUCUCUGAAUUCUGACCAAAUUCUUUUUUCCUCCUAACAUUUUUUUCACCUGAAUUUUUUAUUUCUCCAAAUUUGAACCUUAGUUGUAUAAUUCUGACCUUUUCCCCCUCAGAAUUCCAAUUAUUUUUCUUUGAAUUCCAACUUUUUUUCCUCUAAAUUUCUUGUUUUUUCUGCAAAUUUAAAUCUUAAUUGCCAAAUUCUGACUUUUUUCAGAUUUACAACUUUUCUCAUCUGAAUUAAAAAAUUUUUUUUUCUGAAUUUCAAAUUUAAUUGCUGACUUUAACGUAUGCGGGCCCCUGGGAGCCACUGGCUUCAAUGACACGUGAUUUCUGCAUUAGGAGAACUAACUUUUUGGAGGAUCACGUGUAAAAAGAAAAAAAAUCACUUUAAUAAUUUUUAGACGCUGGUUAAAAUCAUAUUUCCUUUUCAUUUGUUCAAAUCUUACGCAUAAAGAAGAUGGGGAAAUGCUUCCUGUAAUGUACUGUUCCAACUGAAUGUUUACAAGAGCAAAUUAUAGCAUUUUUAAAAUUGUGGUGUUUGAGUUUGGAUUUAAAUGUUAUCCGAAAAUCCCAAACUGUGUUUUUGCUGCGAAACAGAAGAAUUAAGUUGUUCUAAAUGGUUUUCUCAGCUUCUGUUUUGGUGAAUUCACAGCAGUAUCGUGAUCUACAUUAUAACUGGUGGAGAAAUUGCACUACUGAUUACUCUUUAAGAAAACAUUUGGGUCAUUAUAAUUACCUGAGUGGACCUCUGUCUAUCUCAAAAUGUAAACUAGAGCACUGUACAGAUUUACUGGCUCAAAUCAAGUGUCUUUAUCUCCUUCAGGUAUUAAUGCAGGAAAAAUGCCUUCUGUGUUCACUGUGUUCUGACUUUCCUGAGGUUUCUCUGUUCCCUUCUGACCUCUCACUGUUCACAGUCUGGUUGCAAAAGUUAAUUGUGUCAAAAAUGUGAAAUAAAACGUUUUUUUGUAAUUGAA